AUGUCUUCUUCUGUGGAAAACCUUUUCGGUAGUGUAAAUGAUGCAAAAAUAGAGUCUAGUGUGGGCAAAUUGUUUAGUACAUCGAGUGGACCCAUUGAUAAGAAUGUUGUGAAUGCAAGGAAAAGAACAGUUCUACCAGACUUGCCAGCUAAGAAGGAUGAGAGUGAAUCAGAAAAGGAACCUGAGCAGCAGUCUGAGCAGGAAAGUAAAGAAGAAUCUGAAGAAGAAUCUGAAGAGGAACAAGCACCUGAACCACUGCCUGAACCACUGCCUGAAUCCAAACCCAAAUCACAAUCGAAAAAACGCCACAGCGAUGAGGAUGAAGGAUUGGAGGAAAGGUAUUUCGCUAAACUGAUGGACCAAGAGCCUGCAGAAGAUGCAGGUGACGCAGAUAAACAGGCUGAAAAACCACAACAAGAUGAACGUCCGCAAGAAGGUGCUAAAAAGAUUGAUCUCAAGGAAGAUGAGUUGGAAAAGGCUGAGAGAACAGUAUUCGUUGGUAAUGUGCCAGCUGAUGUGAUUCCAAAUAAGUCUCUUCACCGUCAGUUCAAAAAAUUGUUCCAAGAUGAAAAGGGUCUUGAAAGCAUUAGAUUCAGAUCUAUUUCCUUUGAAGUACCAUUACCACGUAAAGUUGCCUUUGUACAACAAAAAUUACACAAAUCUCGAGGAUCUGUCAAUGCAUACGUGGUUUACAAGAACAAGAAUUCGGUAUCAUCCGUUUGCUCGCGUCUCAACGGUCAAGUGUUUGUGGAUCGUCACCUAAGAGUGGAUUCUGUCACUCAUCCAGCUAAACAUGAUAACAAAAGAUCGGUAUUCGUUGGAAACUUGGAUUUUGAAGAGGAUGAGGAAAGUCUUUGGAGACAUUUCGGUUCCUGUGGUGAAAUUGAAUACGUUCGUAUCAUUAGAGAUCCAAAGACUAACAUGGGUAAAGGCUUUGCCUAUGUUCAGUUCAAGGAUUUCCCCAAUGUGAGCAAAGCCCUGUUGUUAAAUGAUAAGCCGUUGGAAUCGAAUGGUAAAUCAAGAAAGUUACGUGUUACCAGAUGCAGGAAUUUGAAGAAAUCCAGUAAUAAGAACGGUGCUCAGUCGUUAAAACAAAAUGGUAUCAUGAAUAAGUUGAGUGAUUCCCAUAAGACAAAAUUAGGUAGAGCCAAGAAAGUGUUAAACAAGGCAGAUUCUGCUCAGUUGGGUAAGGAAAUUACAGUUGAAGGUAUAAGAGCAUCAAAGGCGGAUUCUAAACCAUCAGCAAUCUUGAAGAAGAGAAAGAAGAGAUCCCAGUCAGGCAGAGUCACUAAGAGAUCUCAAGCUCAUAAGAAGAAUAAUAAAUAA